CACCAGGUCACCAACAACCUAAUUUUUGAGCUUUUAACUCACAAUCCACAGACACGCGUUGCUGUUUUCAUUCUUUUUAGUUAUUUUUCUCCCACCCAUGGACACUCUUCUCAAAUCAAGCUUUCCAAUCUUCUGUUCAAACCCAAAGUUCCUUACAACAAAACCUGUUAUAGCCUUCAAUGUCUCCAUCAAACCGCCACCACCAGAAUUCAAUUUCAGGGCAGAUAUUUUAACACAAUCAACUGCCAGAAUCCGACAAACUCAUCCUCAGUUGGGGGACUUGGCAGAGAAUGGGACGUUGGUGUUGGUUGAGAAGCGGCAGUUCGGUCCUGUUCCUGCCUGGAGGACCGAGUUCGUGGAACCAGAGGCUAUAUGGCUGGUGGGAACUAAUCAUAUUUCGCCGGAAUCAGCUGCUGACGUGGAGCGUGUUGUAAGGGCAGUCAGGCCUGACAAUGUGGUGGUCGAACUCUGCAGAAGCAGGCAAGUUUUGAAUUUUAUUCAGUUCAUUUUCAGAGCUGGUAUCAUGUACACAUCCAAUUAUGUUGGAAAUGGGCAGCAAUUACGGCCAAAUAUGUUUUCUUUGAGUGGGACUGGGUUCUUUCGUGCCGUUGGUCGUAGCAUAAACUUGGGGGGUCAAACUGCCCUAGCAUUGCGGCUACUUUUGGCACUUUUCUCUUCAAAAAUAUCUUCUGAUGUCAACCGUCCUUUUGGAGAUGAGUUCCGAGCUGCUAGAAAAGCAUCUGAGGAAGUUGGUGCUCAAAUAGUUUUGGGGGAUCGUCCAAUUGAAAUAACGCUUGAAAGGGCUUGGAAUUCUCUGAAGUGGAGUGAGAAAUUUAGUCUAGUGUUCUCAGUCAUUCGUGGGAUAACAUCACCAUCAUCUGAUAUAUCUGGAAAUGAUCUCAAGGAACGGAAUAACGAAAAUAACACCUUUCAGCUUUAUGAGCGGUUAAGCUUCUCAUACCCAUCACUCCCACAGCCUCUUAUACAUGAGCGAGACACUUAUCUUGCAUGGUCUCUAAAACGGAGCAAAGCGGUGAAUAAGUGCAAGACAGUGGUAGGGGUGAUCGGAAAGGGGCACAUGAAUGGUGUUAUAUAUGCACUAGUAUCGGAUCAAGGAAACUUGCGGUUUAGAGACCUUGCAGGGAAGACUUCAUUCGAAGCUGAGUCUAAUAGCUGGGUCGAAAAUCUUUUCAAAGGCUUGGUCAGAGACACCUUGAUUGGCAUUCUACUGUGGGCAUUGUAUGAACAGAUCAAAGCUGGGUUAUUAUAGCAUCCAUACAAACUUAUUGUCUGAUCUGAUUCAAAGUUCAAGCUAGAGAACAAAUGUAUAGAAGAAGAAUUUUGUUACUAUUUUUUUCCUUUGCAUAUCUUUAUCAUGUGAUUCAACAAAUCAUUAGGAAUAACUAGUGUUACGCCAACGCUACACUGCAAUGCUGUUGUUAUUAAAUGUAUAAAUAAAAACAUUUGCUAAACAUAAUUAUAAUU